AUGUGUUUACCAGCCACGGUGGAGAGUAACUUCAUUUCAAUAUUUGCCCUUGAACUGCGCCGUCAGGGGGUUGCUCAACCAUCAGAUUUUGAAAAGCAAGUUAAAGAACAUUUGGUGAUAGUUGAAACUGCUGCUGAAUUUCCAGGUAUGAUUAUAGAAAGCAUUACAGCAGAUAAAAAAAAUAUUGUGACAAAUAAAGAGGACCGAUGCACUUCCUCUUAUAUUUCUAUUGAAAAGACAGGCAUUUCUCACACCAAGGGAGAGGUGGAACAACAUAAUGAUGACUACCUGAACAGCGAUGAUGCCGGCGCAAAACAGAAGUUUGAUGAGGAUAUACGUUGGACUUUUGAACUUGAUCUUAGUGGUAAAUGCUUAGGUAAUAAAAUUAUUAUUGCUUUAUGUGAAACCUUACUCAAGCUUAAAUCAUUUAAUGAGUCCAGUAUCAUCCGAUGGCAUAUUUUAUUGAAGCAGAAUGAAUUAACGGACCAAUGUGUAAGGCAUUUAGGGUUUAUCAUCCUUUUCUGCCCAAGUUUAGCGUUGUUGGUCAUGACAGAAAACAACUUUACUAAUGAGGGCAUCGCGGAGUUGCGUAGGGCUGUUCACGAAACUGAGCAUGCAUGUGAGGUGCACUAUGAUGAAAACGAAAUCCGAAGUCAAGCCUCUCUCAACUCAAGGAGAUUCAAUUUUCAGUCGCAUGAACCUUCCAAAAGCAAUGCGAUUGAUGUUUCCUUAUCAAUUAGAAAGAAUUGUGAUGUGCUUUCGUCUAACCAGCUGAACUCGGAAUCCAAGAACUUGUUCGCCAUUUCACUAGAGCAAGAAAUGCCCCACCAGUCCUCCCACCUACCCUUUCCAAUGGUGAACAGCUACUCUUUAUCCAGAACUACCCCUGUGAUCUCGCCUACCACUUGUACUGCUGCAUACGCUAUCGGCAAUUCCGAGGCCUUAAGACGCCGCCGCGAGGAACUGUUCGGAAAGGCUGAGCAGAUAAAAUCGUGUGCAAUGCAUGAUGAAGACAAAAAUGCCACCAACAGCAAUAUCGACGAUGCCAGCAAUGCUCAAAAAGACCUUUUACCUAUCCAAGCUUCGUCUAAUUUCAUUCCACAGAGGUUCAUUGAUAUGAUACAAGACUCCCAUCUUUUAGAAGAGACACCAGAUGUGUCGCCGCUACGCAGGGAAAGCGAAACUUCAGCGAUAUUCUGGAGGUCAACCCAUUCCAGCGAAUCAGCUUCUUUGCCGCCCCCUUCAUCAGGAACUCCGCCGCACGCGGAUUGCAAAAGUGUUUCUAUAAAAUUUCGGCAAGAUGAGACUACUGAAGGUGGAGAAUACAUUAAACAGCAUCAGUAUCAGCCGGACGAUAGACCCAGCCUCAGUUUUCAUGAGCCCUUUUUUGAAAACGAAGAGUUGGAGUUUACAACCAAUUUGAACCCUAUCGUAGGCAGCGUUCUUGACCUUUCGCGUGCUGUUAACAAUGAAACUUGUGCCUUGUGCGAAUCUCAUAGUCAUGGAGGAGUGCAAUCAGUUUGGGACAUCAUCGAAUCUCAUAAAGAAUCUGGCCAGCAGUUGCACACUUUGCAAGAGGCAGAUCAUGGGGCUUCAGUGAAGCUGCCUUCUUUUGUUGUUGGUUGCAAUAAUUACUCUGCUAUCACAGUUUUAAAUAUUAGUGGCAACUAUCUCAAGAGGCUGCAGACUCUCCCGGCUACCCUUCUUCAGUUGGACAUUAGCAACAAUGAUUUGUCACAGCUUAACGGCUUGAAUCCUUGUACAAUGUUAACUGUCCUCAAUGCACGACGUAAUAGAAUUGAUAAAAUCACCGGACUUGAGCGUAAUACGUGCCUUGUUCGUGUUUUUCUUGGUCGAAAUCGCAUUAAGGCUGUGGAAGGUCUUGCGCACUUGCUUAUUUUAGAAACUCUCGACCUCUCUUACAAUCAGUUGCGAACCCACUCUGCCGUACGGGCUCUAUCGCUUUGCUCUUCUCUUAUGCAUCUCCUCCUUAAGGGAAACCCUAUUCUGGAGAACACAACACAGAGCAAAGAUUGCUAUCCAAUGAUACGCAAUCUCUGCCCUUCUCUACUGAUGAUUGACAGUAAAAAACUUAGUCAGUCACGUUUUUCUGAAAAACUUGAGCUGCAGGAGAGUCAUAUGCGGCAGCCGAUGUUGAUCGACUCGACACACCAGCCGAGAAUUUCUUUCAAUGUUGAGAAUGGUGUGCGAUCCGUCCCGGUGCCUUACAGCGGGGUUGGCAAGAUGGGAUCAUAUAGAGAUCGCUCUCUACAUACAUCUUAUCAUAUAACUUCCAAAGGAAGUGACUCAUCCGCUUGUGGGACAAGUAAGGAUGAGGAAGCAUCUAAAAGUGCAGUGAAUCUUCUUUACUUUCUUACACACGGCGCUAAGCCACGAAAGGGGUACAGCGACACUGCCCGUGCAGCGAAUACGGUACGGCGUUCGACACAGCGCGGGGAGGCGUUUCGUGAAGCUGAACAGCAGAAAAUGUUACUGCAACAGUGUGACAAGAAGAGUUCUUUGCGAGAGGAGAUGAUGAAGUUCCUCUCGGGAAAAUCUAAGAAGUACCUGGAGACCACAAUCGUGGAGCGCAUAACACAACUCCAACAACAGCGACAGCGGGGCGAGAGCAAAGAAAUGCACAACUUGCCUGAUACUUUCAGUAUAAGGGCAGGCAGUACUGGUGGCGUUAGCAAGAAGCCAGCCUCUUCUAUACAGCCCCAUGAUGUAAUUCGAGGUAGCUCCAUCGUGAAAUCCCGGCACCACACCGCGAUAUCUACUAAUUCCAAUAUUACAGACAUCGACAUAUUGAAGCCCUAUGAGCCAAACCGUUUAUCCCCGCCUAGAUACCCUUUGCGAGCCAUGGUAGCUCCAGGUUUAAUACACAAGAAGUCUGUAUCGCGUCAUACUGUCUUGCUAUCACCCGAAGUCGACAACGUGACCUCCGAUAUUGUCCAAAUUAGCGAGAAGCCUAAGGGUGCUAGCUUUAUUUAUGAAAAUCCAUGCAUGACCUCUGAGCCUUUCCCCUUGGUAUCGCUGAAGCCUCUUUCCUACACCCAACUAUAUGCAUUCAAAAGGAAUUUGCAGCAUGGGGAUACUUUCCCGAUUGAAACCGAGGCGAAGGAGGCUCAGGAUGGGUGCCCUUUUAUUUCCGAGACUUCCGUUGUAAAUGAGACUCUAAAGGUCAGGCCAUUCGAUAUCCUGAGUGGGGUGAAACAGACUGUAUCGGAAUGUAGCUUUCCAUCAAAGUUGAACAAUGAGAAUCCUCCCUCUUUCAAGUGCGAGCAAUUGAGUGUACGGUCUGAAAACCAGGAAGUAUAUCGCAUCUCGACUCCUGUAUCAGCAAAGCGCUUCUCGUCCUCAUCGUCAAAGGGGAUGUCUGGAGAUCCUACCAGGAAGCCUAGACCUUAUCGUUCAGAUGACGCAUUGGGUGACUGCCGAUGUCUAAAGGUUCCGUAUGGAGUUCAAAGGAAGGUUCCCACAGUUUCAUACUGUAUUGACCGCUCUAUUGAAACACAGGACACACCCGGAGGGAAUUUUCAUCCUACAAUGUCGACGCAGUCUCUUUACAGAGAUGCACCACUGCACACUCACAUAUUGACAUGGAAAAGACAGCUAGCGAAGGAUGUUCUAGCUGUGCAGGCAGCUCUUAAAUCAAUCAUGGCGCUUCUUCAGACACAAUGGAGUAAUUUAGCGGGUUUCUCUGAAAGAAACGAAAUGAUACGAUUAACGUACCUACAGGAACGCCAAAAGUGUGUGGGGAUAAUUCAAAGAAGUGGAAUGCUAAGCGACACGGAGAUCCCUAAGAAUAUUGUCCAGCACUAUGGUUUUGAGAAGGCCGAACUGGAGGGGUUAAUAACGUGUCGACGGAAAGCGAAGUGGGAAAACAAGGCUUCUCGUGAUCGUAUGUCUGUACUGCAACAGGUACAAAUGCUUGGAGAUGCCAAAACGUGCUUGCGGUAUUUGAUCCUUCUCAUGGAUAGCGAUGAUGAUUCUCUUUUACAGGAUUAUGUUGAUCAGAUUAAGGAGACUUUUGAAACUAACUAG